AUGUCUACUCAAUCAAUAAUAGGAUCGAAUCUUGCUACUCCUAUCGAUCCUGAUCCGGAAUCAGCAAGACAACCAUCAACACGACCAAGUUCAUGGAAAGCAUUUCUUGAAAGUCGAUGUUGUAAAUAUAUAAAAAUAACUUUAUUGGUAAUUUAUUGUCUUAAUGUUGUUGCAUGGGGUGGUAUGUUAUUUCUUAUAUUUGUUGGUGGUGCAGAUAAAACCAUGCCUGAUGAUGAUACACGAAAAAUUUGGAUUGAAAUUGAUUCACAAAUUUUAAAUGCACUUUUUUGUAUACCUGGUCUUGGUCUUAUACCUUGGCGAUUACGUGAUCUUUAUCAAGUUUAUCGUAAAAAAGAUCAACAUAAAAUUCUUCAUCGUCAUUCAUAUACAACUAGUCUUUUAUGGAUUCGAAUUGUUGUUUGGAUUUUUAUAGCAAAUUCAUUAUUUCAAAUUGGUAUGGCUACAUGUAUGUGGUCAAUGAAUAGAUUUACCAGGCCUGGAUGGUUAGUAGGAAUCUUUGUUGGACUUGGAUGUUUAUCAGGAAUAGUUGCUGGUUUAAUACAAUUUAUACUUGGAAGAAAACAGAAGAAAGCAGAAAAAGAACAGCAAGAACGUGCUGAUAUAUUAAAGAGUUGA